CCCCUCCUCCACUCUGUUCUCCGACUUCGCAACCGCUUUCUCUCCCAAAAUUGCUGAAUCGACUUGCCUACAGAGAAACCGCCAAAACGAAGCCAACAUGUCUAAGCCUGAGGAUCUCCCCCCUAUGGAGUACCGCUUUCUGGGCCGCUCUGGUCUUCAGGUUAGCGCCAUCAGCUUGGGAGGCUGGUUGACAUAUGGAGGCCACGUCGACGCCGAGGGCACUUUCGAGUGCAUGAAGGCCGCCUAUGACUCCGGUGUCAACUUCUUUGAUACCGCUGAGGGCUACGCCAACGGCGAGAGCGAGAUUGUUAUGGGCCAGGCCAUCAAGAAAUAUGGCUGGAAGCGUAAUGAUCUCGUCAUUUCUACAAAGAUCUACUGGGGUGGCGCUUUCGGCGACAACGUCGUCAACAACAAGGGCCUGUCCCGUAAGCACGUCAUCGAGGCUAUGGACGCUUGCCUUGAGCGUCUUGACCUCAAGUACGUCGAUCUCGUCUACGCCCACCGCCCUGAUCGCCAGACCCCCAUGGAGGAGACCGUCCGCGCCUUCAACCACCUUAUCAACACUGGUAAAGCCCUGUACUGGGGAACAUCGGAGUGGAGCGCCGAUGAGAUCGCCCAGGCCUGGCGCUACGCCGAUAAGCUGAACCUGGUCGGCCCCGUCAUGGAGCAACCCUCGUACAGCAUGCUGGACCGCAAGAAGGUCGAGCACGAGUUCUUCCACCUCUACCGCGAGGUCGGCACCGGCCUGACCGUUUUCUCCCCGCUCCGCCAGGGCAUCCUCUCCGGCAAGUACAAGAACGGCAUCCCCGAGGACUCGCGCUUCGGAUCCGAGAACAUUGGAUUCAUCAAGGACUUCUGGAAGCGCGAGAACGCCAAGAAGCAGUUCCAGGAUCUCGUUGACAAGGCCAACAAGAUUGAGCCCAUUGCCGAGAAGCUCGGCAUCAAGAUGGCCACGCUGGCGCUCGCAUGGGUUCUGAAGAACAAGAACGUCAGCUCGGCCAUUAUUGGCGCGAGUAGUCCCGCGCAGGUGUUCGAGAACAUCCGCGCCAUUGGCGCGCAGGAGUUGUUGACGCCUGAGAUUCUCAAGGAGAUUGAUGAAGCCCUCGACAACAAGCCUGAUGCCAUCACCCCCAGAUUCUAAGAAAAUCAAACAUGAUAUACGAGAACAUGAGACAGAGCCUAAGUAUAAAUGAGGCCGGGCAAAACAAUAACAGAGGAGCUUGAUUGACUCUAUCAGAUAGACGAUGUUGGUUGAGUCGAUGCACAGGCAGAGGCGAAAGUUUGAGCAUACCCAAGCAGUCAAAAAAAUACACUACACGGCAUUUCAGACUUUCCACAAUAC